AUGCGCCCUCUGCCCUUCUUCGAAGAUCCCUCGGGCUUCGCUCACUGGGGUUCCCCUCGCAAACUCAGCAUUGGCAGACCGAGCCACCCUAUGCCUGCCACGGAGAAGGUCAAGAAUGCGGUGAAGGUGGUGGGCGAAUUACUGCAGACGCGGACCACUGGGAGGGGACACGGGAAGAGGGAUGGCGAGGAAGCCAGUGACGUCCUUUUGCGCGCGAACAGCGGGCUCGCGCGAGUCGUACUACAAGCAGAGCUUCGUGGCCUCGACCCCACACGCGCCGAGCUCGUCUCACUCGCCCGCUCAGGAUGUGGACUACUACGCGAGGUGUGCGCCGACGAGUGGGAGCUCUUCGGCGCAUUCUUCAAAGGAAAGGCAGGGCGCGCCGCGAUGUAUACAUAUCUCGAGGGUCUAUGCGAUCAUCUGUACGACGACCUACGACCACGCAUUCUACACGAAAGCCGGCUUUCCGCACUGGCCGAGGUCUGUGCUGUACUCAGAGCGCUCAUGGUGCUCGAUGCGCCGGCACCCGGCACUGAUCAGUCCGAUUCCGAUGAGGACUCAGAGGAGCUCAGUAUAUCCGAUGCAGACGGCACAAAAGCAAAGAAGGACAAGGGUCUCGGUCCACCACCAGUCGCGGCGCUUCUUGCCGCCGUUCUGCAAGACGCCCAGACGCGCCUGUUCUUUCGCGCUCAAGCGGCCAUUCAGAGCGAGAUCCGCGGCUUUGUACCGAAAGAUAGCGACCUCGCAUAUCCCGCCAUCCUACUUGCCGGCAAUAUCGCCGACCUUGCCUCGGAAGCGCUCGCGCUCACACGCGCCUCCCUUACCCCGGCCGCCUCCCACCUCCCUCCACUCGACGGCGCCCUCUUCCGCGCACGCCACUUGCUCAUCCUCAAAGAGAUUGCACGCGGUCUUGACCUUGGGCUCGGCGCGAUCCCCGCGUCCUCAUCGUCAUCGACCGCGCCACCGCUCUCACGAUCGGUUUCGACAUCGUUACCGCCGACGAUGUCGUAUGGUACGGUGACGCCCACCAACAAUGACGGCGGACUCGCGGAGACGUUUUCCAAUCUUCUUGGGGAGCGG